AGCACAGGGACUGAGACACCUGUCAGACAGAGAAAGACUUUCCCUCUGCUCACACCAGCCACGCUCAGAGGAACACACUAUCACAGACUUGACUGAGCUGGGUGGACGUUGCUCUGCUGGAUAUAAAGUAAAAGCAGGUGCCCUGUGAUCAAAACACAACAGAGGAGAGAGAAGAGAGAGAAACCUCUAGAAUAAACAUGUCAAAAGAGGGGGAAAAAGCAGCCGUGUUCCGUACCACCAAAGUGCGAAACAAGCUGAAGGAUGACGGCAGCUGGCUGCAACGGCGCCCUGAACCUAAGGCUGAAACUGAGGAAGAGAAACCAUGGUUAGCAGAAUUAAGGGCAAGACGUGUGAACGGAGCUGCUGAUGACACCAGUCCAGUGACAUCACCAACAAAAUCCACUCCGUCACCCACCAAGUCGGCAACUGAAAGAGCACCAACAUCAGGAUACCUGAUCAGAGGUGUUUUCACUAAACUAGACAAGCCUGCUUCGUCCUCAACAUCUAACGGCUUUGCCGGAACAACACAGUUCACCAAAAAACCCUCUGAGACCUACAAGAAAAUAGCGUCCCACACUUUGAGGUCCACAGAGAACCAGGAGGACCAGCUUAGCAAGGAGGAGAAGGAGAAACGGACGGAGGCAGCUAGCAGUGUACUGAAGAGAUCUACAGUCAGGCAACGGUCUUAUGUGCUUUCUGCUGCUAAAAAAUAUGAGUCUAAAGAAGAGGCACCUGACCCCUCAUUGGACAACAGCAGUGUAUCAUUUGUGGCUAAAAGGGUGGAGAUUAUUGAUGAUGAUGAGAGUGCUGCGACUCCAGCACCUGCCAGCACUCCUCCCCCCUCCACUGUUGUCCCUGUCACAUCUGUUGCCUCUGCGCCUCAACCCAAACCACGGAAAACAGUCGACAUCACCUCUAAGACAGCUGUUGACGUCGCUGUUAAUGAGCCAGUGGCACCGAAGGAGAUUGAGGCCGCCCCGGAGCCUGUCAGAGAAGAUCCCCCUCCAGUGCUUGUUACAGAAAAAGACCCAUUUGAACACAUGACACCAGGGUGCACCAAGGUGGCUACUCCUCUCGCUGUACUCCUCCCUGAGUAUGUACAAGCGGUCUCGACAGAGCCAGAGCCUGAAGAAUCAGACCUUUCUGGGCAAGCUGACACACCUCUGAUUGAACUCGCCCCAGCACUGCCAAUGUCACCUACUCCAGCAUCUCCUACCCCUGAAUCACCUGUCCCGGUGUCUGCUGUAAGAGAGAUCACAGUGAUAACUGAACCAGGACUAGAGCCAGAGCCAGAACCAGAACAAGAACCAUCUCCAAAGCCAAGAGUCGACAUCACCUCUAAGACAGCUGUUGACGUCGCUGUUAAUGAGCCAGUGGCACCGAAGGAGAUUGAGGCCGUCCCGGAGCCUGUCAGAGAGGAGCCUGUCCCUCCAGUGCUUGUUACAGAAAAAGACCCAUUUGAACACAUGACACCAGGGUGCACCAAGGUGGCUACUCCUCUCCCUGUACUCCUCCCUGAGUAUGUACAAGCGGUCUCGACAGAGCCAGAACCUGAAGAAUCAGACCUUUCUGGGCAAGCUGACACACCUCUGAUUGAACUCGCCCCAGCAUUGCCAACCCCAAUGUCACCUACUCCAGCAUCUCCUACCCCUGAAUCACCUGGCCCAGUGUCUGCUGUAAGAGAGAUCACAGUGAUGACUGAACCAGAACCAGAGCCAGAACCAGAACAAGAGCGAGAACCAUCUCCAAAGCCAAACUCCGGUGUUGACACGCUCACCGCCUUGUCCGACACUCUCAUUUCUUUUAACACGAGUUCAACCAGUGUUGCAGAUGAUGAGCCAGUGCUGGCAGAGAAAGAAGGAAGCUCAGUGGACAGUCACCCCACAGAGAACGGUGUUGAACAGGAGCCAACUCCAGAGCUCAGCAACUGUGUACCAAUGACAGACGAUCUCCUGGCUCUCUGUGAUGGUCCAGAGCCGGCAGCAGAACCGGUUCCCCCCAGCCCAGGACGCUGGAGCCAGGAUUUGCUUAGCGGACUAGACAGUGAGCCAAAUCCAGCAAAGACCAGUAACAGCCUGGAUCUCCUGGCUAAUGAUGUCAUUGUAUUCAACACAGAGGCACGCAGCCUCAGCGUGCAGCGAGAGGAGGAGAAACAGACAGAUGAGACAGUCAAAGAAACACAAAGCCCCACGGAGACAGUCACUAUAACCACCAACACUGUGAUCAUUACUGACACAAGCGAGGAAGACAAUGCAGAUCCCUGGAGCUCACCUGUGACAACCACAGUCACUGAGUCGAGCUCGGCUGAUCCGUUUGAUCCAUAUCCGAUAGGGACCACAUCCCCUAACAGCUCCUCUGACCUGCUCCAGCCCCUCUCAGAUAUUUCCCUCAACAGGGUGUCGACUACUUCCACGGAGAUCAAAGAUCCAAGUCCAGAAACUAACCUGAGCAGUAAUGCGUUGGAAUCCCUUGCAGACGACAUCAUCCCUAUCAACACUGACAGCACAAGUCUCCUCACUCGGCGGUCAUGGGCUACUACAUGGGAUACCAGCACACCUGAGCAGACUACCACAGUGGAGGAGAGCGAGGACGAUGAACCAGGCCAAGAUGAAGCUCAAACGACACUGAUCAUGUUUGAGAGAAAGUCCACUGAGAAUGACUCCCCAUGGGACAGGUGGACAUCACCCACUGUCUAUACUGUCACUACCACUACAGGGGAGGAAGAGGAGGACGAGGAGGAGGAGGAGGAAAGCCCCGAGGAUACACAGACACAGACGGUCACAACCAUCACCACUAUCAGGGAGAUACACAGUGAGCCAGAGUCUGCUAUGGAUCGGACCGUGAUAGAAGAAGACCAGCAAGUCCAAACACCAGAACCAGAGGCCAAAAAGGGGUUUGUGUUUGUGAAGGAGUAUGUCAAUGCAACAGAGACGUCCUUGCAUAACGCCAGAGAUCUAAUCGAUGAUGAAACAGAUUAUUUUACAUCGAGCUCCACCAAUCACUCUUACAGCAGCCCCUCCACUUACUCCAGUGGCUCACUGUCAUCCACCUGCACAUACUGCGGAGAGCCGGUGGGCAACGAUUGCAGGAUCUCCAUCGAGCACCUCAAUAUCAACUGCCACCCUGCCUGCUUCAAGUGUGGCGUGUGUAGUAAGCCAAUGGGAGACCUUCUCGACAGUAUGUUCCUACAUGGUGGGGAAGUCAACUGCGAGAGCUGCUACUCCAAAGCCUUCGACUGAUUAUUGAAGCUCUUCAGUCGCCUCUUAUCCUCGUCCCCUUCCCCUCAUGUUCAUUUGCAUAUAAAGUGAGAAGCCUUUUUCUUUUUUUUUACAAAGUUUGGACUGUGUUCAGUUUGAACUUUCGAAUGAUGUGGUUUAGGGUGAUCAAAGAGACGCGUUAGUGCACAAUAUGAUUACUUAAUGUUACAUUAGGUUAAAUCUUAAAUAUGUUAUUGUGUUGUUGUUUUUGUUUCUUGGUGGUGAAAGCUGUAUCUGCCUCUGUAAACUAUGAAGGAUAUGUCUGUACAGCAACUGUGAACAGACUAAUACUGGCAAGUGGGGUGCAUUAUAAUUUAGAAAACAGUAGUUAUGCAAGAAAAUGACUUUAUUACAAAAUGUUCUUUUGCUCUUCUUUGAUAGAAAACAGUGCGUUCACAUGUAUGAUGCUUUGUUAAGAAAAUAAAAUGAUUUCUAUAAUCCUGGUAUAAAUAUGUGAUACAAAAGCAGCUAGUAAAAACACAAGACUGUCAUGGCAUCUCAGUUACAUGUUUUUUGAAAAGCAUGAUGA